AUGGCCGAGGCCUUCGCAUACUAUCGUGGGGCCGGGUGGUCGGCAAAGAUUAAGUCUAGGACAGGAUGUACGACGUGCAAAACACGUAAAGUCAAGUGUGAUGAGACAAAACCGCAGUGUGUACGGUGCAAGGGCACCGGCCGCAGGUGCACAUACGCCGUGAAUCAAACUCAUACACGCAUCGCCUGUCCGCCGACGCCGUCAAUCGGGAGUAACUAUGCCCUUUGCGAUGUCGUCAACCAUGAGUGGCAGGAGCGACGCGCUUUCGAGUACUAUUUUUACCGCGCAGGACCUGCGAUUGGCGGUUAUUUAGACCAUCGGUUUUGGAAGGGCAUCGUCCCGGAACUAUGCCGAUCGGAGCCCGCAGUUUGGGACGCCGUCAUCGCCAUAAGUGCUCUAUUUGAAGAUCCGGAUCCCUUUAUCGGUCCUCCCAUGGUUCUUAAAGACAACAAAUUGGUCGGGGAGCACACGAAGGCCGUGUCCUGGUACUCGCGGUCCAUGGCACGCGUCCGACAAAGGGUUACACAUAACGACUUCAACCCGCAUGUAGCGCUCAUAACCUGCGUCCUCUACAUCUGCAUCGAGGCGCUCCAGGGCCACACCGUGGAGGCCCUGCAAUUGUAUGAACAGGGGGCGCAUCUCAUUAUGACCCUACGACAGACUUCAACCAUGGCAUACUAUGAAGAUGUAUUGCAAGAGAUCAUAAAACCCAUAUUCUUUCGACUUGGUGCUGCAGCAAUGAUUUCAGGGGGGUAUCCGGUCAGGGAGAGCUUCAGACCUGUAACUAUGCUUGGAAAUUCAAGUUUUGCGACCCUUGCAGCGGCCCAAACAGUUAUGGUUGACCUAGUCACAGAAGCCUUCCUAUUGGGGAACGAAGCAGCGAGAUACCAUGGUUUUCAGGGAUGUGAUAGCAAUAUCGAAUCCUCCUUGAAAGAACAACAGGGCGCUCUGACGCUCAGGCUCGACAGUUGGCAGAGAGCUUUUGCUCACCUACAGGACCGAGAGAUGGGAAAGCCUCCCAAUUCUUCAAAUAUCGGGGCUGUGUCAACGCUGCUGACCUAUCACGUAGUUGCUUCGAUAAUGACCUCCACCUGCCUCGCAGAUAAUGAGAUGGUCUACGAUGCGCAAAUGGAUCGAUUUCGGGAGAUAGUCAAACACGCCACAUCUGCACUCGAUGCAUUCAAUGUGGUUGAUAGCACACAGCCUCCAUUCACGUUUGAGACUGGCAUAGGCCUGCCGGUGUUCUACACGGCAGUGAAAUGUCGGGACCGUUUCCUGCGCCGGAAGGCAUUGAGUCUUCUUCGACGAGCACCCCCGGUUCAAGCAUUUUUCAAGUGUGCAGCAUGGGCCGCGCUUGCUGAAACAAUUAUCCAUAUAGAAGAAGAUCUCGUUCCAGAAUCGCACUCCCGGAUUCCAUCGGCUCCCACUUCUGAAGAUAAGGUACUGGCAUCGGAUAGCCCCGUAUCGGUCUCCUAUAAUCUACCCCAUGCACCGUGUGCACAUCAGAUCACUUCAGCCCAAGUCGUUGCUCUACAGCACGACAGGGUGCCUUUGGGCGGUUUAGAGAAUAACCGAUCGGACUCAUCCAUGUGUGUAGGGCACAUCCCGGACCACCGUCGUGUGCGUGAAUUCGGAGUAUUCCUCGCAGAGGCCAACAGUAGCUGCCCAGCAAAUAGUAGUGACCGCUACAGCGAGCCAACUACUCAGUCUCAUGAGCAGAUCUUCCUUAGGUUCACGCGUAGACGGCGAAAUGGGACCACUGCGCAGCCAAGAGUGGCAGAGUGCUUCCUACCGAUGAAGUAUGGAGAGUGCUAG